GCUCCGGUCGUGGCUGCCUCGCUUCUUCUCCCUGAGGCCUCGCUUGGAGGAUACCGUUGCUACAAUCUUCUCACCCCCGCACACCUCGCCGCCGCCAUACACCCCGUCACGACUGCGCCCACCUUGGAGCGAGCUGACAAAGGCACGAGUGUUACCGCAGCUUCAUACACACAUACACAGACACGAACACACACACGCGCGCGCGCCCUCUACCCCUGUACCAAGCGACGUCAAGGCUGGACCUGACGUACCACACUUUCACGUCCCGUCAUUGCUGCCCCGCUCUCCUGGUCCCACCACCUGUCCCUAGUCUUGCAAGGUACACUAGUCACUCGGCACACACAGACUUUGUGCCAUCACCACUCGUGAUUCACCAUCGUCAUGGACCCAUCCUCACAUCCCAUCAACAUUACCACGACGGCACCUUCGCCUGCCACGUCGGCCGUACCUCAGCCUCACGACGAGAUACACCCUAGGCUCCUCUUCUCUGGAUCUGCCUCCCUCGGGGGAACCUAUCUCGGUGGAGUGGGUGCAGGUAGCAGCGACCACCCGAGCGGCAGCAAUGCAUACACCUCAAGCUCCCUCCUACCGCCGAUGCGUAGCCCCAGCAAUCCCUCAAUGGCUCCCAGAGCACCUUCGCCAGUCGUAGGAGCCAUAGGUGGUCAUAGGUCUCCCUCCCUCGGAGCCGUUCAGGGGACAGGCACGAACAAUGCGGCAGCAGGAAGUACCAACAGAAGCAUCAGCAGCACCUUGCCGAGACCGGUCUCCUUGUUCGAGCUUGGAAACAAAGGAGACGACUUAUUCGCCGUCUUUGCAGGAGGCAUGUCACCUUCCAGCGGAUCCAAUGCCUUUACCCCGUUCGCAGCCGGCCUCAAUCGACCUGCCUCGGCCAUAGAGAGCGCUUUCUACGACGGUGAUAAACCAACACACGUCAACAGGGCAUCCACGUUGUCUCCAGCACCGGUUGAUCAGCCAGGACAAAGUUCCUCCUCCUCUUCGCCUGCUCGCUCAGGUGAGCGGCCCACCAGUCGGCUGGACUUCGGAAGACUACAACAGCGGAGCAACGCUGCCGCGGCGGCAGCAGCAGCUGCUGCUGCUGCCCUUGCCGCUUCUCAGAGUCACUCUGGUCCUUCCAGCAACAGGCAAGAGCAACCUCGAGCACACGCUGCUGCUGUACCAGGCGCCGCCCCCGGUGUUUCCUACCCGAGCGUCAAUCGAUCGCCGCCAGAGCUCGUGAGACCUCGACCGGAAGUAGCAGCUCAGAGGUCAUUCUCUGGCGACAAUGUAGCAGGGAAUAUCGGUAAUCUUGCGCUGGAUCAACGUGGACCUCCCCUCGCAUCGCCAGAUGGCUCACAACACGGAGUUGCUUUCAACAGUAACUUGUCCAGUCCCCUAGACUCUGGUGUUCCAGGCUCUUAUCCUUUCCCUGUGCCACAACAACGGCAUCACCAGCAGCAGCAGUAUCCACAGCAGUACCAGCAGCAUCAGGGCGGUACUCCCAAUCAUAUGCACGGCUCCCGCAAUGCCAUCGAUAGACUCAACAAUCACUCCAGGGCGUCGCAGCGUAGUCCAGCCCCGGCCCGUAUAGCUUCCCCUUUGGACCCGAACAGACACCGUUUCAGUUCUCCAGUUCCGCUCCACCUUGGCGACUCGGGUUCUGCUGGACAGACAAUGCAGCCUCACAUGGGCACAGGCGACGCCACCGGCUCAGGAUCCAACAACAAUGUCAAUCCUAUGCGGAAACAGCGCGUGACGAGCUCAUCGCCAGACAAUGAUCCCAACAGACGCUUGACGGCUCUGGAGGUGGCAAUGACUCAGCUCACCCAGGGUCUGACUGGUAUUGCCCGCGACGUCAGCUGGUUGAUGGAGAGGGAGAAGAUGAGGAGUGACGGUGGAGGUCACUCACAAGCAGACUCAAUUGCUUCCUCCAAAGAGGCCGAGAUCAGAGCGAUGAGGGAGCAAUUGGACAUGCUGAGUGGGAACGUCAGGCAUCUUGUGUCCGCUCAGCAGCAGCAGCAGCAAUUGCCUCGCCGGGGUUCUGGCGGAGUGAACGUCGGUGGAUUGGGAUUGGCUGGCAAUGGGCCACUUCGCUCCAGGGCUUCAGGUGGUGGCCCUUCGUCGCCCCAGCUGCCGCCCACGGCUCAGGGUCUAGCGCCUCUACCGCCAUCGGAUGCUCACCUCAGCGCUCCCAGGAGCCCUCUUGCACUCCCCACAAUACCGAUGGUUCAGCGCGGCCCAUCUCCUCGUCCUGGCGCAGGCGGGCGAGGCUUCCCUCAGCAGCAGCAGUCCUCUCAGCAGAAUUGGCUGACCUCACCUAAUGCGGAUGUCCGCUCGCUACCCCAAGGCCAACCACAGCGAUGGAGUCAACAUCUUUCUCCAAAUGCGGGUGGUGGUAUGGCGGGCAAUGCUGGUCCCAAUGGACACCAAAGUGGACCUUUAGACAAUGGCUCGACUUCCACCUCGAUUGAUUUGUCGAGCUCACCACUCAUUGUAUCAAAGUGGGAGCAUCUGCCAUUACAGCCUGAUCUUCUUCGAUCGGUGCUCAAGUACGGCCUUGGCCCACCCAACAAGGUGCAACAGCGCGCCCUUCCCUUUUUGCUUCGAGGCUCAGACGUGAUCGCCCAAGCACCUCCUACGCAAGAACGCAUCGCCUCCUAUGUCAUACCGGCCAUCCAUGUCGUGCUCACUACUCUGCGCUGUCCAUCUCUGUCGGGCAGUCCUUCUGCCAACAGCAGCGGUCCCUUCGUCCUCAUCGUGACUACCACUGUUGAUCAAGCCACUCAAGCGCAGAGGAUGGCUGUGGGUCUCGGAGGCGCACUCGGAGUGCGGGUCCACAUUGCUGCUGGAAUCGGAGCGGACCUCGAGACAGACGUGAGGAGUCUCGUGCAGACUCGCCCUCACAUUGUCGUGGGCACUCCCACAAGAAUGGUGGAGCUUGUCGCACGCCUGAAGGACCUCAAGCAGACUGGCUUUGGCAGUGGAGGCGGAGAGCAGAUGCCCGACCUCGGUGAAGCUCGGAUGGUCAUCUUGGAUGAAGUCGACCAGAUGAUCGCUCGGAAUCUUAGCCAACACGUCGGAAACAUGCUAAGAGCUCUGCCUGCGCCUAGCUGGUCAGAAGGAAGUCCAGGAGGGCCCUCGAGCCCUCUAGUCUCCCCUAGUCUGACGCUCGGAAGUCACAACCCCUUCGACAUGAUGUCCGGUAGGGCUGGCCCUUCGAUGCUCGGGCAAAGUUCGACAAAGGGGGAGCGACAGACUGCCAUCUUUUCCAACACUGUCCCGCAGGACGUGCUUACAUUUGCUCAGACCAUUCAAGCGAGAGACAGCGUCAGGGUUCUGGUAAGGAGGGAGGGCACGACGGUUACUCAACACUCUGCUGUCGGUACGGUGGGAAGUGGCGGGAGCGGAGCUGCUCCCUUCAGCACUGGUGGUGUUGGGUCCAACAACCAUCAAAGCGGUGUCGGGGUUGGUGGUGGAGGAGGAGGAGGAGGAGCAGGAGGCUUCAGAAGCGUCUCCCCUGCCGUGGGCGGAAGCGCCUUCAAUGGCGACAACGGCGGCGGUGCAGGCGUGGGUCAAUCGAGCUACGGCUCGUCUGGCUUCUCUGGUCAGACUCUGUAUCAAGGAGGUGGUGGCCAAGGCUAUGCUCAGUCGGGCGGCAAUCACCCGUCGUAUACUCGGACAUCUCCUGCCUCUCGCCAGGGUCAAGGCUAUGCCUAAGCGGAUCGAACUCAUUCAAGCGGUAGAGGGACAAGCGUGGCAGAAGCAGGGUAAGCCUUGCACCAUUCGUCGUAUCAUCGUCAUCGUUAUCAUCAUCAGCAGCGCAUAGAUCAUCCAUCGCACAUCGUUACCCUUCUCCAUGAUCAUCGUGUAUUUCCUUCGCUCUCAUCCUCGUCUGUACUUCCCCCUUGUUCACCCUCACCCUCUCCCUCUCAUCGAGCGGCCAUCGUGUCCCUCGCGCCGCGAGCUCGUCUACUCUACGCACAACCCCUAGUCCUGCUAGCGCUUUCGCUCUUCCCUCAUCUGUAGCCUUUCAUACAUCCAAUCAGAUCCCGUCCGUCAAC